CUUCCUGUCCCUCAUCAGAGAACUGGAUCCAGAGCUGUCGGACUCUUCGUCUGUCCCGAAUGGAAUCCCCUUAAGGUGGACGUGGUAAAUUAAAUAUACAUGUCCCAAAGGAGCGCUGCCGUGUCAAGCAGCAAACCCACAGCCAUAAAUCAACACCGGAGGACUUUGAUUUCUCCAUUGUCGCUUCCUGCAGCGACAACAGAGGAACAGGCGUGCUGACCUGCCGAUGUGCACCGUACGAUUCUAUUUCUGGAACCUCAUUGCUUUUACAGAUUAACUGCCCUCAAAUAUGGCCCCAAUCCGAUCAUUGCGCCACUAGUUUGAGUGCUGACGGAGGUUGUGGAUAUAUUCAAGCUUCAGAACACCCCAUUGUGCAUCAGUCCAGUCUGAAAGGCCACUGCCUUUGGAAAGCUGUGCGAGUGCAAACUAACACCUUGACUGUAUGUCACAACAGACUGAAAGUCAUUUUUCGUUAUUCUCCUUACAAUCAUUUCACAACUCACAAGGCAUUACUUAUUCCCAUCCAAACUUUUCAGGAGAUGAUAGACAUUCAUGCUAAUGACGUGACAUUGUGCAUAGAAUAAGACUUCAUAUUUUAUUGCAUGAGACAUUUUCCAUGAGUUCCUGAGGGAAAAUCACACUGAAAUCCCAUUGCCGAGUGUUUUCAUUAGCCUGUCUGGGGCUAAUCAAGGUCCUCCAUCAUCUGAAUUGACAUUUCCAUAUUGUAUGAGAUAGAGAGUCGCCAACAUUAGCAUAUUCAUGAACACUGGGGCACUCAAUCAUGUGAAAUGGAAGACGUGGGGCAAACCCUGAGCCAUCAAGCCCCGGAACAAAUAGCUUAUGACAUGUGAGGAAAAGAGGAUCCUGAAUCCCUCAUCACAACUUCAGCACAUCCCAUAGCACACAGGGGAAGUCCAGCACUGGCACACUGAGGAUAUAUUUGAUAAACCUGGAAUGGGUUGUUGGCCUCUGGACCAGGCCCUACGACAACAGAAAAAUUAAAGAAUAGGAUUAAAGAUGGAUUAUCGCUGAAAGCCACCAAAGCAGCUGCCUGUGCAUAAACCCCCGGACUCUCUCCAGGGAGACACCGCAGACUGAUUAGUAGAUUGUUUGGCUGUUGAUGUGGUGGCCUCUUGUGUGGUUGGUAUUCAAACAGAGUGAUGGAGAAUCUAGAUGAGCUGGAGCACCCUCUUCUGGGAGAAGUCCCCAAUAACAGCCGGGCAUCUUUGGGGCCCGGGACAGGACAGAACCCUGGAGGGAUGUUCAAGGGCAUCCUGGUUAAGUGUGAGGAGGACAGGGCCUACCCUCCCUUAGCAUGGAGGGGCUAUUGUGGACAUCCUCCAGAGUUCCAGCAGCAGCAGCUCCUGGACCCCUGCGCCUUGCCUCGCACUCUGGAGUCCUUUUACCCAACGGCUCCCAUCUGGGGACACUCAGACUCCCUGCUCAGCAAGGACUACCUGGAGACCACCUUUGUGGACAUCAGGCCCGGCUCCACCCCGGAGAGGAAGCUGCUGGCCGAGAGGCGGGACUACCACAGUGACUCCUACAGCGUGGACGAUGAGGACGAUCUGCUGCCGGACUCUGACGACUCAUCCAUUGAAGACUUCAGUGAGACAGACAGUGAGAGCAACUUCCCCCUGAUGAUCCCUCAGGACUACCUGGGUCUGGCCUUCUUCUCCAUGCUCUGCUGCUUCUGGCCCCUGGGCAUCGCUGCCUUCUACCUCUCACAGAAG